CACAAAUGUCAUAAAAAAUGUUUAUAAACCUUGCCAGAUUCCCGUUUCUAACCUCACACUUGUCUUAUUUAUGCCUUGUGUUUAUGCCCCACGCAGAUAUUUUUUGUGUUGUAUUUUUGUUGUGCAAAAAAUAUCUGCAUGCCGCAUACCAUACUUGUCUUCAUCUAUGCCUCACACUGAAAACGUACCAACGGUUUGUUUAUUAAAAAAAAGUUGACUUGAUUUACUCAGAAAAUAUCGUACUUUAACAUGCUAAAAACGUAUAUAAAUACUAUCCCUUUAACCAAGUUUAUCCUUGUAGUAGACUCUUUAGAAAGCAGAGACAGUAAACUAUUCUCCUACUUGGUAAAGCAGCAACUCAGCCACAGAAACCACACAAUCCAGUAUUGUGCAUUUGAAGGGUGUUUCAAGAAAACCCAAGAUAAAUAUGGAGCUUGCUCUGACGUCGUGCUACAUGAUUUUGUCUCACAUAAGCAAGAAAAAGCGGAAGAUGAGCUUGAACAACUUGCAAACAAAACACUGGGCAGCGAUGUUCUCAUAGUUGAUUCUCUAGCCAAUGCCAUUUUUCAGUUAGGACUCUCCAGAACAUACAGAAUAUUUAAUACAAUGAAAAACAAUAAAGCCAUAAAGCAAAUAAUUGCAGUUAUACACGAAGACAUCUUGCCGGGGGACAGCGACGCAAUUAUCAAGUACUUUAGCCAUUUAAGCACCCUGAGAAUAGAUAUUUUUAAAGCAUUAACAGAGUCGCCAAGGCUCAAGUACGAGUAUAAAAAAAUAGGAGGACGUGUAAUUGCGGAUAUUGAGGCAUACAAGUUUGAAGAAGAGCAGUUACUGACCAACAAACUAGCUAAGCCGGACGCUAAGAAGCUUCUCGAGAACGCCAAACCCAAGCAAAUAAAUCCCGAAGAACUAACAACUUUCAAGAUAGGAUUGACUGAUGAGGAGAAACUGGCUAGAGACCGAGUAGUCUUGCCAUAUCUUCCAAGUGCUAAUGAAAACCCGGCCGAAGAAGAGGGAAAAAUAUUUUACCAACUGGAUGAAGUAGACGAUUGGGAUGAAGAGGACCCUGAUGAUGAUUUGGAUAUUUAAUAAUUGUUCCAAAUUAUUGUGAAGCUGUUCAUUGUUAAUUAGUAUUAAAAAUAAUUAAGGAUAUUGCUUGAUCUUUAUACGAAAACUAUCACAUAAAUAUCUGUUGAAGA